AUGAACCAAUCUACAAAUCAAAUUGUUAGUGCACAACAGCAAAAUAUUAAUGGCCAACUACGAAGACUCCAGAACACAGCAAAUUUAUUCACCGGUACUUUAACUGCAACUCAGCAAUACAAUAACCUAGUUGGAGGCGCGGAUCCUUUCGCUAGAACACAAAGAACACAAGAAGUAGAAAAUAUACCACUACAAAGCGCUCAAUUUUCAACACUGCUGAUUUCAGGUUAUUUAUUUCC